AACCCUUGCUUGCGUGUGUACAUACCAUAAAAAUGCCCACAAGUGCCCUCACCUCCCUCUUCUACAAAUUUUAACCCCCUCCAAGUUCCAUAAGCUAGGAUAGUCUAGAAACCGAGAAGCUAGCUAGCCAUUCCCUUGGAGAAUGAGUGGCUCAUCGACUAGUGUGGGCGUCGGUGUUGGCGCCAUGCUAAGUGGUAGCAGUGGAGGUCCGUGUGGGGCAUGCAAGUUUCUGCGACGCAAGUGCACGGAUGAUUGCAUCUUCGCGCCUUAUUUCGACUCAGAUCAAGGGGUGGAGCACUUCACCGCGGUGCACAAGGUGUUUGGUGCGAGCAAUGUUUCCAAGCUCCUUAAUCAAACCCCUCCCCAAAAGCGCCUUGACGCCGCCAUCACUAUAUGUUACGAGGCAAAGGCACGCCUCCGUGACCCUGCCUACGGCUGUGUCGCUGACAUCUUCGCCCUCCAGCAACAGGUAGAGAACCUCCAAGCAGAGGUUGGCUUCCUACAUGCCCGCCUCAGGACACUUCAACAAACUUCACCGCCUCCUUUUCCGUCCCCGCCAUACAUGCCCAUGACCACUGAGUUCUCCAUUUCUGAAAUGGCAUCAUUGUCAAAUGUCCCAAACACCAUCGACAUAUCCUCAUUAUUUGACCCGUCGAUGCAGUGGGCCUUCCAACAGCAACAAGAACACCACCAACAGCGACACCAACAACCAUGUGGGCAGACAGAGGAAGGCUCUGGCGGUAUAGGAAACACCAACUCCAAUAGCGGCGACUUGCAAGCUCUAGCCAGGGAGCUCUUGGACCGAAGGUCGACAAGAUCGACGCCCUAGCAACCAUCACACACACAAUUUUCAGAUUGUUUGCCUAGCUAGGUAAACUAAAUUAUCUAAUAUAUGGAAGCAUACAUUCAUUGUGUGAGAGGAGUACAUUAUUGGUUUUAAUGUGAGAAAAUUUCAUUUGAAUUUAUGGACGUAAGGUGAGAUGGUAGUUAACAGUUAUUACCCGCUUUUCACUUAUCUGUUUUAAUCUUUACUAGGGUAGCAGGGUUGCCCAGUUACUACUUUUAUGUAACGCUUCUGAGUUUGUUUUAGAUGAUGAAUA